UAUGCCGUAUAAAAUUGGGCAGCCUAGAAGUUUCCUGGUCAGCGUCCCAAGUCCUCUACGGAGAUUUCUUAAUCUUGUUUGCUAAGAAACAAAUUGAGAAGAAUACUUUACUGAAAAUCCCAAUACCAACAAGCAAGCCCAUACACAAUAAACCUUUACCUUAAUUAUAAGGGUAAAUAUUAAAUCCAAUUAUUAGAGUUUAACCCCUUUCUCAUAUAUAUAUAUAUACACCCAGCAAAGAGUAGGCUAAGUACUGGUUUUUGAGCUUGGAAAUGGAGGUUUUCCAGAAAACCAAGGCCGUGAAACUCCGAAGCCACCUGGAGAAGUACCUAGUUGCCGACGACGACAGAAAGAAGGUCCGCCAGAGCCGCAACGGCUCGUCGCGCAGGGCUAUAUGGUUCGUUGAGUUGGUCGAAAGGAAAAGCCACGUUAUACGCUUGAGAAGCUGCCAUGGCACGUACCUGACCGCCACGGACGAGUCGUUUCUUCUGGGCAUGACCGGGAACAAGGUGCUCCAGACCGAGCCGGAAACGGUCUACGACUUGAAGUACGAGUGGGAGCCGAUAGUUGAUGGGUUCCAGCUGAAGCUGAAGACCUGGUGCAGUAAGUAUCUCCGCGCCAACGGAGGGACGCCGCCGUGGAGGAACUCCGUCACGCAAGACGACCCCCACGUCACGUCGACGCAGAAUUGGAUUCUGUGGGAUGUGGAGGCUGUGGAUGUCUCCGAGACCGGUUCAGUUAAGGAUUUCUUGUCGUCUGUUUCAAGUUUGUCUUCUUUGUCCGACGAGGCCUUCGAUUCGGAGCCGGCGUCGCCCAUGUCGGUUAUAUCGACGAAGUCACCCAGAUUGUCUUUGAAGCAGUUUUCGCAGUUCAAUUCCAACAAGUUCCGGUCCGCCAUGGAACUCUUCCGCAACGCCAAGACGGUGCGACUGCGUAGCCGCCACGAUAAGUACCUGCUGGCCGAGGAGGACGAGGAGUCGGUGACUCAAGAUCGGAACGGAUCCUCCAAGAACGCGCGCUGGACCGUGGAGUUCGUGCCCAACUCCGACUCCAUCAUCCGCCUCAAGAGCUGCUACAACAGAUAUCUCACCGCCUCCAACCACCCCUUCCUGCUCGGCAUGACCGGUCGGAAGGUGACCCAGUCGCGGCCCCAGAGGCUUGACUCCUCGCUCGAGUGGGAGCCCGUCAGAGACGGGAACAAUGUCAAGCUCAAGACCCGCUACGGCAACUUCUUGAGGGGAAAUGGCGGAUUGCCGCCUUGGCGGAACUCGGUGACCCACGAUAUUCCUCACCGGACCGCCACUCAGGAUUGGAUUCUCUGGCAUAUUGAUAUCCUUGACAUUCACGUCCAGUCUCCGGGUGAUAAACCUCCGGCUCCACAAACGCUUUCUUAUUCGGAUUCUUUGGAUUUCCGUCCGAGCUCGCCUUCUUUGGUUUCCAUCAUAUCCGAGAAAUUUUCGAGACAACAGUCGACCGACUCUAAUGUGAGUUCGCCACCCAAGGUGGAUGGGAGGACUAUAUACUACCAUGUAGCUGAGGAGAAUGGUGAUGUGGACGAUGACACUGUGGAGGGGUAUUCUUUUACUUUCAAGGGGAAUGGGGUUGAUGAAUUGACUCGUAAAUUGAAGGAAGAGACAGGGUUGGAUGGUGUCAUUGUGUGUACUCGCAGUCCCUUGAAUGGAAAGCUUUAUCCCCUUCGCUUGCAGCUCCCUCCAAAUACGAUUAUGCAUGUCGUUCUGGUUCUUUCUUCUUCAGAAGUGGCAGAGGAGUUUGCAAAACAAGGUUUAUUAUAACAAGAAUCGCGUGGACUAUUACAGUUUUGUUGAGAAUAUAUGCACGAGUGUUCUGUACAUUCUGGUUCAGGCCUGUUCACAUGCCACCCCAAAGCAAUCAGAACAGGUUGCCCGUCUCACCUGCUGUGUUUUUGCCGGGUGUAUACAAUUGAUGUGAGAGAACUAGAAGCACUUGUGGGCGUUUGCUGUGAUGGAGAGUCACAUAAGAGCACUAGAAACGCCAUCAAAGAUUAUGUUGUAUACUUUCUUCACGCUUCUCUGCUUUAGAUAUUCCUUGGCAGUAAAAUCUGGUAUUUACAAAUUUAUAGUUUGAGACAAAGGCCUUUUGUUCUUCUUGGCAUGUGUUAUUUUGGCACAAAUUAUUUAGAGUUUUGUCCAAUUGAAUUA